GUUCCUGGGUCUCAGCAGGAAGAGCGUUGACGACGCCAUGGCGAAGCUGAAAGAUCUGUAUCAGAACCAGUGCUCCACUCACACCUUCAGAAAAGAGGAGCUGGACAGCCUCAUGCAGGACGACGUGACAGAGCUGAUGCAGCUGAUCAACACUCAGGGACUGUACAUACAAAUUGAUCAGUCAGGCAACUUAUCUCUGAGCGGCCUAAAAGAUGGCGUCACUCAGGCGGUGAUUGCAUUCAAUGCAAUUCUCCAGGGUAACCUCAGGAGAGAGAUGAGGAUCAAGGAGGAAGAGGAACUGUACACCCGUGUGGUUUGGUGCAUCAUGAGCCACAAUGGUCUCUGGCAGAGACUUCCCAAAACUGCAAAUUACAAUUUGGAAAAACAAGACAUUGCAAGGGGAAUAAUGGAUGCACAGGGAGUCACAUGGACGGUAGAUCUAAACAGCAUGGAGGCCACAAACCUCACCGUUCGAGAGUCGAGAAAGCUCAAACGACUGGAGAACCUGCCAGACUUCACCAUGCCUCUGUACUGGGACAGCAUGGCCCCCGGGGAGAAGGUGAAGGUGGUGGCAGUGCCGCCUUCCUCUGCAGAGUACCGAGCUUUGAAGAGUGCCUUCAGAAAAACUGAGAGCAAGACUGUGAUGAAGAUUGAGCGUUUGCAGAACAUAUAUCUGCGUCGCGCCUACGAAGUCCAGAAGAAGCACAUUUCAGAGAAGAACAAGCAGGACGGGGGAGCGAGGGCAAAACUUCUGUAUCACGGGAGCACCAAGGACAGCUGCAACUCCAUCACAGAGACCGGCUUUAAUCGUCGAUUCUGUGGACAAAACGCCCAACCGCAGUACUCCAAGCCAGCUGAGGACAGUUCUCAGGUCAUGUUUGUGGCUCGAGUGCUGACCGGCAUCUGCACUCAGGGCGACAGCAGCAUGAACGUCCCUCCUCCUCGAGACAGCCGGCGGCCCCACGACCGCUUCGACAGUGUGGUGGAUCAAAUGGACAAACCCCAGAUGUACAUCGUGUUUCAUGACAACCAGUCUUACCCAGACUAUCUCAUCACCUUCAAAUGA